CUUGUUUUCGGCCUUUUUUCAAAGUAGUUAGGUCGCGCUAACGAUGUAAAAAAUUUUGGUUGACAGAUCAGUGUGACCUAAAAUUGGUUAAUUUCGGAAAGUUUCCGUACCCAAAAGUGAAAGUUUUUCGUUUCAACGUUCGAAAAAGUUAAUCUAGAGUAAAAUAAUCUUCAGUAACGUUCGCACAAGCUCAUUGUUAAACAAAACGGAGCACGUACAAUUGUUUCAUGAGUGGUAACCUAGAAAUCUGUCCUUGGAGCGUUGCCUUGCUUGUUUAAUUACAGUUUCUGUCAUGGAUUCUAUAUGUUGGUAAUGUUUCCUUGUAUCGGCGUAGGACCAUUCCCAUUCACUGCCAGUUAGAUGUUGUGUAAUUAUGUUUUCCGUCUAUGCUAAGAUUGAUUGAAAGAAAAGUGCUUGCCACACAUGUAAAGAGUGAAGAGGUCAUCGAUUGGUUUGCUAAAAUUUUAUGAAAGCCUAUGUCAACAAUGAGCGUUUCGCGACUUCUUCCAUUUAAUUUGACAACGUCUCAAAAGGUAAUUGUAGUAUCUGUAACAGCGGGUGUUGCUGUUCUGGGAGUGAUUGCCAGCUAUUUGGGACGACGUCGGACUCCUAAGCCCCAGCAGCGACGGCUUCGUAAACCAGGAAAUAGGAAAACCAGGAAUAGUGUGCGCAGCCCCAAUGACAUUAUUUCGCUGGCAGGUUCCAAAGCAUCGGGUCGAUCCUACAGUCCCGGUGGAUCGAUCCAUGGUAUCUCCGAUAGAAUGUCCCUUGCUUCCGGUUCGCUAGUAGCAGGUGGUGCUGGCACAGGAACCGGACCAAUUAUAGGAGGAGCGACUCCAUUAACACCGCAGCAGCUCGGUGUGAUGGGUAUGGAAGCGCUGGAAACCGUUAUCAGUUACUGGGAGGAUGCGCUACUGGGGAGAAACGAAGUUGAUAUACCGAGUAGAAUAACUGCCGAUCAGGAGGAAUUUUGUCGGGAGCUACAAAACCUUCUCGAUUCAGCUUAUAAUUUGCAGGAACAGGGCGAACUGUUGUUCUUAGAUGAGCGGUCAGUACUGUUCCGAGAUGAUGAGAACAAAGCUGUACAGGCAGGAACACUAUCUAAUGGCCAUCGAUCCAGUUCGGACCCAAACUUUGAUUCGGCCGAAAGUUUCGCUUCUGCAUUGGAUCAGGUGGCUGAUCUGCGUGAAUUCGAAGACGAAAUAUUCUCCGAUGUUGAGAAUUUUCCACUCUACCAAAGUGCAUUAGAGUUGCUAGACGAUCAACCCAUUCCCUGUCGUACGGUGCGGACAGAUAUGGUCGGAUGUAAUUCCGAUGCAGAAUAUUACGCUAAACUGCACUGUAUUAGACUGGCUUUUCAGUUACUGUUUAAGGACCCCAGAAACAGCCGUUGGGUGGCCGACACGGGUCGGCAGGUUCUUACGGAUCUGCUCUGCCUUGGCGACAAAGACCCAAAGGAUUUUCUAGUGGCGUACGAAUCGAUGUUGGAAUUUCUGCAAAACAUGGAAAAUUGGCCAGAUAUCGAGCGCGAGCUGGAAUCUCGCAACGUGAAGGCAAUGACUUUCUACGACGUGGUGUUGGACUUUAUUAUUUUGGACGCAUUUAAAGAUCUCGAUUCACCGCCGAACAGCGUACUCGCCGUGAUUAAUAAUCGGUUCCUAUCGAACAGUUUCAAAGAGACGGCGUUAACGACUGCCGUCUGGUCGGUACUGAAAGCCAAGAAGCGUAUGCUCAAGUUUCCCAAUGGAUUCAUGUCUCACUUCUACUGCAUAACUGAGCAACUGUCUCCGCUUAUGGUGUGGGGAUUUUUCGGACCAGACGAAAACCUUAAAGAGGUAUGCAAAUACUUUAGGGAGCAAAUGGUUAGCUUCCUGGUGGACAUUUACAAUUUCCAAAAGUGUCGUUACACAACGGUGGAAGAACUUGCCGACGAUAUUCUGUCGAAUAUGAGGAUGAGAGUGAGCAACAUAGGCGUUAAAUUUAAUCAGUAGUACUGCAGGGACUCGAAUAACUUACGUCUUCACACGCUCAUUAUUGGCACCUUGUUAUUGUGUUGGAUACGAUUUUAGUAUAGUUUGGUCACUGGGCUUUUAAAUUAAAUAUCGAAAGUUGGAAGCAAGGCUAAUCAUGUCUUACAACCUACCGCGUAUUGGUUACUUUCCAGAAUGAAAAUUCAAACGUGAGAUGUAGAUAAUUAUUUUUAGUAAACAUGAAAUAGGCAUAUAGUAAGUA